UUUCACUUAAUGCAACUCUGUGUAUAACAGCUGGCUAUGCAUUUUCUGCAAUGCAAAUUUUCACAGAAAUUUUGGUAAAAACAUAGAGCCCAUUUAUAAAUAUACAUAUAUUACUUGUUGUGCGUUGUACAUAUUAUUGUUUUUAAUAUCAAAUAUCAUCAUUAUAAAAUUUGAAAGCAGAAAAUUUGAUUGUGUUGUCACAUAAUGUCCCAUAAUUCGGACUGCACUGAAAAUGAGCGUAAUAAAAUACCACGGAUCAUGACUUUCCGACCAAGCUACGAGGAAUUCAAGAAUUUCUCGAGUUAUGUUGAAUACAUGGAAAGACGUGGUGCAAACUUAGCUGGACUAGCGAAAGUUAUACCACCACCAGAAUGGGUUCCACGGAAAUCUGGUUAUAAUAUAGAUAAUAUAAAUAUGACCAUACCAGCACCAAUUUGCCAAGUAGUGUCAGGCAAACAAGGAGAAUAUCAGCAAAUCAAUGUGCAGAAACGUUCCAUGACUUUGCGACAAUUUAAAGAAAUGGCCGAGUCGGAACGUUAUCAAACGCCACGACAUUUUGACUACGACGAUUUAGAACGUAAAUAUUGGAAGAAUGUCACAUAUAUAGCACCAUUCUAUGCGGCUGAUGUCAAAGGUUCCCUGAGUGAUCCUGAUUUGCGUAUUUGGAAUAUAAAUUGUUUAGACACUAUAUUGAAUUACGUGAACAAAGAUUACGGUAUUGAAAUCGACGGUGUAAAUACAGCUUAUCUGUAUUUUGGUAUGUGGAAGAGCUCAUUUGCCUGGCAUACAGAAGAUAUGGAUUUAUAUUCAAUAAACUAUCUACAUUUUGGUGCACCAAAGACUUGGUAUGCCAUACCGCCCGCAUAUGGUAGAAGACUGGAAAAAUUAGCGAAUCGACUUUUCUAUGAAAACUAUCAAAACUGCAAUGCGUUUCUGCGUCACAAAAUGACACUGAUAAGUCCACAAGUGCUGCGACAAAAUAAAAUACCUUUUAAUAAAAUCACACAAGAAGCUGGAGAAAUUAUGAUAACAUUUCCCUUCGGCUAUCAUGCUGGCUUCAAUCAUGGUUUUAAUGGCGCAGAGUCAACGAAUUUCGCAUCGAAACGUUGGAUUGAGUAUGGCAAGCGUUCGAGCAUUUGUAAUUGCCGCAAAGAUAUGGUGAAAAUAUCAAUGGAAACAUUUGUGCAACGCUUCCAGCCAGAACGUUACGAAAACUGGCUAAAAGGUAUCGACUAUGGUUGUCACCCAGAAGAACCUGGGAAAAUUUGCGCUGCUCCACCACCCACAAUCAACAAAUAUUACUAUACUAAGAGAAGACAGUCUGAGUCAACGGAGUCGGUGGCAUCACACAGCUCCACAUCAAAACCUAAGGAUUCCAAACAGAAACGUGGUUGUACAGCAUUAGCUGUGCCAGAAGAUGCCACCACCAAUGCGUGUUUUGCCAAAGUGCCGAAAAUCAUUUUAACAAAAAUAGAUAGUGCUAGCAGUAAAAACUUGGACUUUAAUGCUAUGGCAGUAGUGCGCCUUAAAAAACUUUGGAAUAACAUACCAUGCGAAAAGGAAGGUAAGAAUCUGCUGACCAAUGGCAUAAUAAAGAAUACCAAAAGAAUGCGUUUUCAAACGAAAACAAUAAAACUGGAUGAUGAGGACUAGUCUCGCGUUAUAUUUUUAAUUUAUUUAAUAUUACUUUGAUUUUUUUUUAAUUUUCAAUAACUUGUAUAAAAAUAUGAUUUACUAUAACGUAUGUAUGCCAUAAGACUGUUAUCUCGUUAAGAGUAGUGAAAAUGAAAGCAGUGCUAGACAUUUGUCGUAUAGUUUAGAACUGCAUCACAUCUUUGAAGGUAAUUUUACAGCUAAAAUAUUAGAAAUGCUACAAAAGCCUUUCGUUUUAACGAGCUUUUUGAUACAAUAUUUUAUGUAUUCCUCGCACUAAGUUAUGGUUAAAUCUGCUUUUAUUUCAGUUAAUUUUAUUUGAUUGGUUAAACAAAACCGCAAUUGCUGUCGAAAUAUAAUUAUUUUUCUAAAAGGAUGUUCACAAAGUCUAGUCUUGGCAAUUAUUAUUUUUAUUUAAAAUGUUCUUUUUUGAACAAUAUUAUAUAUUUUCUAUUAUUAAAUGACCUACACUUUUUAUAUUUAUUGGACUCUGUGAAUUUCCUGCGAAUUAUUAUUUUACAGCUAUAUUUAAAUUUAAUAAAAAUUUAUAUGCAAAUGUAUAUACAAAAUAAAUUUUAAAUUUAAGAUUAGUAGUAAUUUAGAGAAUACAUGCAAAGAACAGCAGUUUCAAGAAAUUGUUCCACUUCCACGGCACUAAUUGGAGCAAAAAUCAUAUGACGUGUUAAAUGUCAAAACAAAAAAAUAAAAACAAAUACAAAUA